AUUACACACAACAACGACACUCAAAACAAACAUGUACACCAAGGUCGUAGUAUUCCUGUGCGCGGCGAGCCUCGCCUCCGCCGGACACCUCCUGCAGGCGGCCGCACCCGUAGCGUACAGCGCGCCCGUCGCGUACAGCUCGGCGCCCGCCGUCUCCUCCGUGUCGUUCUCUUCGCACACUGCGCACGCUCCCGUCGCCACAUACGCCGCCGCGCCCGUCGUAGCCAAGACCUACGCCGCUCCCGCCUACGCCACCUACGCUGCCGCUCCCGUCGUAACCAAGUCUUACGCCCCGUCUGUGUCCUACCAGUCGAUCUCUACCCACUCCGCACCUGUGGCAUACGCUAAGACCUACGCCGCACCCGCCGUCACCACCUACGCUGCUGCUCCCGUCGUCGCCAAGUCUUACUCUCCUGCUGUGUCCUACCAGUCAAUCUCUACUCACUCCGCACCCGCCGUCACCACCUACGCUGCUGCCCCCGUUGUGACCAAGACAUUGGCUGCUCCUGCAUACAGCACAUACGCCGCUGCUCCCGCUGUCGCCACCUACUCUGCCCCAGUGUACGCCAAGUCUAUCGCCCCUGCCGUGUCUUACUCCUCUAUCUCUCACUCUGCUCCCCUGACUUACGCCGCGGCUGCUCCCGUCGUCGCUAAGACCUACUCCGCUCCUGCUUACACCACCACUUACUCUGCCCCCAUCGUGGCUAAGGCCGUCGCCCCUGCCGUGUCUUACUCUUCGUACUCGACUCACUCUGCCCCUGUCGCGUACGCCGCGGCCGCUCCCGUCGUCGCUAAGACAUACGCCGCCCCCGCGUACACGUCAUACGCCGCCGCUCCCGUCGUGACCAAGAGCUACGCCGCUCCCGCCGUGGCCGCGUACUCCGCUCCCGUACUCAAGUCCGCUGUCACCUACUCGGCUGCCCCCGCCGUCUCUCACGUCACAUACGCUGGACUCGGAGCCAACUACGGAUGGUGAAGAAAUAGUUGUUUAUAAAUAUUUAUUGUUAGUACAUAAAUACUCGACUGUUUAAUACUCAAUAAUGUUUGUACAUUCCAAAUAUAUAACGAAAUAAAAAAC